CGCUGGAACCGGUUUCUAUAAUGUAUAGAAGAGUGAACGAGGGUAGGGAGGGCAGCUUUAUUCCGGAAUAAACCGGAGCUUGUGGUUGAAGAGUCUCGAGGACGCGGUGCAGUGAGCUGAGAGUAAACUCUUCAUGUCUGGAUUGACCAAGGCGAUGUCCAAGUUUCGGCUGGCAGUGGUGCAGUUGCACGUGACAAAGUUGAAGGCUGAGAACUUGUCCCGAGCUCAGAAGCUGGUGAAGGAUGCGGCCAGUCAGGGGGCGAAGGUGGUGGUCUUACCCGAGUGCUUCAACUCUCCGUACGGAACGCGAUACUUCUCCGAAUAUGCAGAGAAAAUUCCCGGAGAAUCCACGCAGGUCCUGGCCAAGAUCGCUGAGGAGUGUGGGGUUUAUCUAGUGGGAGGUUCUAUUCCAGAGGAGGAUGAAGGGAAGCUCUUUAACACGUGUCCAGUGUUCGGUCCUGACGGGAAACUGCUGCUGAAACACAGGAAGAUCCAUCUGUUUGACAUCGAUGUUCCUGGAAAAAUCCGCUUCCAGGAGUCUGAGACACUGAGUCCAGGGAGCAGUUUAUCCGUGUUUGAAACCCCCUACUGUAAAGUAGGAGUGGGGAUCUGCUACGACAUUCGCUUUUCAGAGCUCGCGCAGAUCUACGCCAAGAAAGGUUGUCAGCUGCUGGUUUACCCCGGAGCCUUUAACAUGACCACCGGACCUGCUCACUGGGAGCUGCUUCAGAGAGCUCGGGCAGUGGAUAAUCAGGUGUUUGUGGCCACAGCUUCACCGGCCAGAGACGAGAGCGCCGGCUAUGUGGCCUGGGGUCACAGCUCGGUUGUUAACCCCUGGGGUGAAGUGAUCACCAAAGCCGGCUCGGAUGAAAGCGUAGUGUACGCUGAUAUCGACCUGCAGUACUUGUCGGACGUACGUGCACAGAUCCCGAUCACGAGGCAGAGACGGAACGAUAUAUACACGGUUAACAUCGUUAACGAGGGAUGAGUCUCGUUAACAGUGUAUGUGACACCAUUCACACCUGGCGGAUUUGUGUGUUUCAGAUUCGGAUCAUUUUAAUUUCACUUUAUUUAAAUUCACAUCUAACUUUCUCUGUUGCAGCUCAUUUGCGUUUUUGUAAUUUUUGCAUAACGUUUUAAAUUCCCUCAGAAUUCAGCAGUCUUGGAUCAUGUGUUAUGAUAGUUUUCCCAUCCCUUAUAAUCCCUUUUCUGGACAUAAUCCUGAUAAUCCUUAUCCAUAUUUAAUAAUAAUUAGUCAGAUGUAAUUCAAUAUACGUACGUGUAUGUGUGUGUAUGUAUAUAUAUAUAUAUAUAUAUAUAUAUAUAUAUAUAUAUAUAUAUAUAUAUAUAUAUAUAUAUAUAUAUAUAUAUAUAUAUAUAUAUAAUAAUCCCCAUUCCCUAUGACCUAAUCCCAAAAAAACCUUCAUCCUUAUAUAAUCCACAUGAUCCCAAUCCGAAUAUAAUCCUGAUAUUCCCUCUUCAGAUAUACUCUCAAUACCUCCUUUUGGAUUUUACAGAUUAAGUCAGUCUCUCAUAAACUUUCAGUAACGACUUUAUCCUGGUCAAAUCUGGAGUUUGUCUUGGGAACACUGGAUAUGGGGCAGGAAUACUCUCUGGUGGAUAGGACAGCAGAUAAAAUCCCACUAUGUAUAUAAUCCAGACAGUCUUUGUCCUGAUAUAAUACCAAUAAGGACGUAAUUCAUUAAAUAUCUUUCAGGAUUUAAUCCUUAUAAUCUCAAUUCAGAUCAUUUUGAUAAUCCCUGUCCGGAAAUAAUCCUGCUAUUCCGUAUCCAGAUAUAAUCCCUCAAAUCCAUAUCUGGAUAAUAAUCUGGAUAAUCACAAUUUGGAUAUCAAAUCAUUGUGAUAAUUCCUACUUAAACAUAAUCUUUAUUAUCUCAAUCUGGAUAUAAUCCUGAUAUUCCUUAUGUACUUAUAAUUCCAAUAAUUCCAGAUCAGGAUAUUAUCCAUGUAACCCUUUAAUGGAUAGAAUCCUGAUAAUCCCUCUCUAGACACCACUAUCUGGAUAUAAUCCUAUACAGGUAAAGGCUAAUUCAGAUAAUCUAUCAGGAUAUAAUCCAUAUAUAUUAUCCCUUUCAGGAUAGUGUCAGUAAUCCCUAUAUCUAUAUAUGUAUAUCCAUGAUAUUACAUACUACUAAAUAUAUUACAUCUAGUUCCUGUUUGGAUAUAGUCCUGAUAAUUCAGAUCAAUUUAUUUUUUUUCCAUUCCAGAUAUAAUCCUUAUAGUCCCUAUCCAAACACAGUACCUAUAUUCCCUAUAUUCCACAUAUAGUCCUGUAUAUAAAUCCGGUAUGGAUUUGACGAUUGUGUUUCCUCUGAGUGUAAGAUACCUGAAACCAGCAGGUCUACAGUGUCUUUAUUGCCUGUUUGAACAGAAACCUUUAGUUUUAAUCAACACAAAGUGCCUGGAAGACGUUCUUUCUUUCAUCAGUAUUAGUCUCAGCACUGGAAAAAAAAUCCCAUAAUUAUCUUUAAUGUUAAAAGAAAUGCCAAUCCUUUUAAUCAGGUACUGAAUGAAUCCUGAAUACUGUGAAUGCCUGUGAUUGACAGGCCGAGUGAAUCCUCUUUCGUCGCUCUGUCCUGAAGUAAACUGACUAGAAUGAAUGAUGUUAUGAUGUAACUGUGAGAAUGGGGAAAAAUUAAAUAGAUUUCUAUCCCACUCUG